AGGCUACGGCACAGCCCUGGCGCAACCAUGGGGCAGAAGUGCAUGGAGAAGGUGUCCUCCUUCCUCUUCGAGUAUGACACCCCCCGGAUGGUGCUGGUGAGGAACAAGAAGGUGGGACUGACCUUCCGGCUGAUCCAGCUCAUCGUCCUCGCGUACAUCAUCGGGUGGGUUUUCCUCUAUGAGAAGGGGUACCAGUCUCAGGACAGCAUCGUCAGCUCGGUCUCAGUGAAGCUGAAAGGCCUGACGCUGACCAACGAGAGCGUCAUGGGCCCUCACAUCUGGGACGUGGUGGAUUAUGUCUUCCCACCCCAGGGGGACAACUCGUUCGUGGUGAUGACCAACUUCAUUGUCACCCCUGGACAGAAACAAGGAACCUGCCCAGAGCUGCCGGAUGCCGGGCUCUGCUCGAGGGACAGUGACUGCACCAAAGGCAAAUACAGCCGCCAGGGACAAGGGCUCAUGACGGGCAAGUGUGUGCAUUUCAACAGCUCUGUGAAGACCUGUGAGAUCUUUGGCUGGUGCCCUGUUGAAGUCGAUGACCACGUUCCCAGCCCUGCCCUGUUGUCAGAAGCGGAGAAGUUCACCUUGUUCAUCAAGAACAGCAUCACCUUCCCCAGGUUCAAGGUGUCCAGACGCAACUUGGUCGAGAGCGUUACCAAACAGUACCUGAAGAAGUGCACCUAUCACAAAGUCACCGAUUCCUUAUGCCCCGUGUUUGACCUGGGAUACAUAGUGAAGGAGUCGGGUCAGAAUUUUACCUUCCUGGCUGUUAAGGGUGGCGUUGUGGGCAUCACCAUAGACUGGAACUGUGACCUCGACUGGCCCAUCCGGCACUGCAAACCCAUUUACCAGUUCCACGGCCUUUACAAUGAUGACAGUAAUGUUUCACCAGGCUUCAACUUCAGGUAUGCCAAAUACUACAAGGAAAAUGGGGUGGACAAGAGGACGCUCUACAAGGUGUUUGGGAUCCGGUUUGACAUCCUGGUGAAUGGCAAGGCAGGCAAAUUUGACAUCAUCCCCACCAUGACCACCAUUGGCUCCGGAAUUGGUAUUUUUGGAGUGGCCUCUGUCCUCUGCGACCUGCUCCUGCUGCACUUUCUCCAAGGACGCGACUAUUACAAGCAGAAGAAAUUCAAAUACGCAGAACAGGAGCCUUCGAAGUCGCAUAAGAAGGAAAAGGAGCUGGACAACGCACAGUGA